GAGAGAGAGAGAGAGAGGAGUGAGAGGUGGAAGAAGAUAAGCGAAAGCUGAGAUCUUUGGGUGUGGGAAUAGCCUUGUGAGAGAGAUCGUCGUUGACGGGGUUGGAAGUCGGAGCAUGCAAAUCCGGCCCGGCGGGUUUGACUAAAUUAUCCGGCGAUUAUGGUGGGUUUCCGGUGAUGAGAGAUGGGAUUAGAGUCCUGUGUGUAGCUGAUUUGUUUGUAGUUAAUAUUAUUAGAUAUGGAUUCGUAGGAAGCUGGAGUUAUGGGUUAAGGGAGAGGGAAUUGUAGGGAAAGGCAAACUAAAUUGCCUUGGGUUGCGUGAAAAAAAAUUUGAAAGCCACUUGGCCGUUCUUGGCCGCAGGAUGAAUUUGAAGGGCUGGGAUCAAUUGAUCCCUAGGCCCCGUUGGCAACGGCUCAGGAGAGGAUCUGAGUCCGCGUUGAAAGCUGCAAAACCUACUCAAGUCCCAUCAUUUCGUGUCCUUUUACUCCGUUGAGCGCGGUUUCAUUGAAGCUGUUUUUUUUCCCGAUCUUUUCCGAAACUUCAAUCUCAGGCGUCCAGUGAUCAGAUCGUGAGGCCACGAACAUCGUGGUUUUCCACAGGAAACGUUCUUGGUUUUCUUCAAAACUUGGGGCGGAUGCUUCCUGGAAAGAACAAAAAGUGUCCCUUCAGUAUCAUAUAUACAGUAUACUCUUUUACUGCCAUUUUUUUCGCUGGAUUGGAAUCACUCCAGUGCCGUAAACAGUAACACCACACCAUGACAUCCCAUGAAGCCUCCUCCUCAAAACUCUGGAAUUACGACGUGUUCUUGAGUUUUAGAGGCGAAGAUACACGCAAUGGCUUCACGGGCCACCUUCACGCGGCAUUACAAGACAGGGGCUUCGAUGCCUUUAUUGAUGAGGAUAAUCUGAAAAGAGGGGAAGAAAUAAAACCCGAACUGUUGCGGGCAAUCGAAGAGUCCAGAAUCUCGGUUAUUGUCUUCUCAAAGAGUUACGCAGAAUCAAGAUGGUGUCUUGACGAGCUGGUAAAGAUCAUGGAAUGUAGAGAAAAGUUGGGGCAAAAGGUUUUGCCAAUAUUCUAUCACGUCGAUCCUUCACAUGUGAGGAAGCAGCAAGGUUGUUUAGCCCAAGCAUUUAAGAAGCACGAAGAUAGCAUCCUUGAAGAAAAAGAUGACAAAGAACGUGAAGCCAAGAAAGAAAGGGUAAAGCAGUGGAAAGAGGCUCUUACUCAAGCUGCAAAUUUGUCUGGCCACGAUCUUAAUAACGGGCAUGAAGCAAAGCUUAUUAGGAGAAUUGUUGAAGAGAAUAUUAGGGAAUUGCUUCCCAGCACAGAUGAAUUACACGUGGCCAAAUACCCGGUUGGAAUCGACUCUCGUGUUCAACCAAUUAUCAGUGAUAUUUCAAGUGGUGGAUCAGAUGACGUUAAAAUGGUUGGAAUUUGGGGGAUGGGUGGAUUGGGCAAAACAACUGUUGCCAAAGCCAUUUAUAACAAAAUUCAUCAUAGCUUCCAAUUCAAAUGCUUCCUUGAAGAUGUUUGCCACCAUGGUACAAGCCAACAUGGUCUGCUCUGUUUGCAACGAAAAUUUAUUUCUGACAUCUUAAAACAUGCCAAGCCUCAAAUUAUUAGUAGCGUUGCUGCAGGGAUCCCUGUUAUAAGACAACGCCUCCAACGUAGAAGGGUACUUUUCAUUAUUGACAAUGUAGAUAAAGUGGAGCAACUAAAUGCGAUAGCUGGAAGUCGUGAAUGGUUUGGUCCAGGAAGUAUAAUUAUCGUAACAACAAGAGAUGAGCAUUUACUAAAUCAACUGAGAGUGGAUAUGAGAUAUCAACCUCGGGGAAUGAAUGAAGAGGAAGCUCCUGAGCUUUUCAGUUGGCAUGCAUUUGGCAAUAGUUGCCCUAAUGAAGAAUAUCUUGAAUUGUCAAAGAAGGUAGUUUCUUAUUGUGGGGGUUUGCCGUUAGCACUCCAAGUUUUAGGCUCUUCUCUUAUUGGCAGACCCAAAAUAGAGUGGGAAAGCUAUCUGGAGAAAUUGGAAAGAAUACUUGAAGAAGACAUUAUUGAAAAACUAAGAAUAAGCUUUGAUGGGUUAGACGAUACAGAGAAGGCUAUAUUCCUUGAUAUAUGUUUCUUUCUUGAAAUCGGCCAGGGUUAUGUGAACAAGGAUUAUGUCACAAAAAUUUUAGAUGGAUGUGGGUUAUCUCCAAUAAUAGGAAUCAGUGUUCUUCGUGAACGGUGCCUUGUAGCUGUUGAACAGGGCAAGCUGAAGAUGCAUGAUUUGAUUCGAGAAAUGGGCAAGAUAAUCAUUUCUGAAAAAUCUCCUACUCAACCUGAAAGAUUGAGUAGACUCUGGGACCCUAAAGCCGUAACAGAUAUGUUGACAAAUAAAUCUGGAUCUGAAGAAAUUGAAGCACUAUCUCUAGAUUUACCAAGCUCUAAAAAAAUGGCUAGUUUCAGUACAAAAGCAUUUGUCAAUAUGAAAAAACUGAGAUUGCUAAGGCUCAACUAUGUAGAGCUCACUGGAAGCUUCAAACAUUUUCCGAAAGAGUUGAGAUGGUUGUGCUGGCAUCAAUUCCCUUUCAAGUACAUGCCAGAGCACCUUCUUAAUCAGCCAAAACUUGUUGUUCUUGACCUGCAGUUCAGCAAACUCAGAAAAGGCUGGAAGAAUUCCAAGCUGCUCGAAAAUUUGAAAAUCCUUGAUCUCAGUGAUUCCCCUCGGUUAAAAAAGUCACCAGACUUCUCAGGGCUCCGAAAUCUUGGAGAACUGCAUUUUUCAUACUGUGAGAGUUUGUCCAAGAUUCACCCAUCCAUCGGUCAACUUAAAAAACUCACUUUGGUAAAUUUUGAAUACUGCCAAAAGCUUAGGUGUCUCCCAGGGGAAUUCUGCAAGUUGAAAUCUGUUGAGACUCUUCUACUUAAUGAUUGCAGUUCAUUAAGAGAACUGCCUGGGGGCUUAGGGGAGAUGGUAUCAUUGAGAAAACUUUAUGUAACUAGUACAGCCAUAAAACAAUUCCCCAACGACCUUGGGAGUCUAAUUUCUUUACAAAAGUUGAAACUUAGAGACAAUAGUUGUCGUAGCCUACCUAGCCUCAGUGGUCUUUCAAAUCUUGUAUCUUUGAGGUUAUCUGUGUGCAAGAAUCUUCGUGCAAUCCCCAAUUUACCAACAAAUUUGGAAGUCUUGGAAGCAGAUUUUUGCCCUGCAUUGGAAACAAUGCCAGACUUUUCGCAAAUGUCAAACAUGAGACAACUGUGCCUAGAUAAUUCGCCCAAAGUAAGAGAGGUUCCAGGUUUAGGUUUGGGUAAAUCAUUAAACUCCAUGACAGAGCUUUGUAUGCGCGAGUGCACCAAUCUCACAGCUGAGUUUAGGAACAACAUCCUACAGGGAUGGACUUCUUGCGGAGGUGGUGGUAUUUUUCUGAAUGAGAUUUAUGAUAUUCCGGAGUGGUUUGACUUUGUCGGUGACGGCAAUAAAGUCAGUUUUGAUGUUCCUCAAUGUGAUGGUCGUAAUUUUAAAGGGUUGACACUCUGCUUGGUUUGCUCCCAAUUCCAAUUUGGAAUGGUUACCUUUACUGUUGUAAAUUGUACCAAGCGUACUACUUCGAGGGUCUCUAAGCCUACUUCGGGAGGAAGAGAGGAUUAUUUUUGGCAGGUACAAUUAUCGAACGAUAAGCUCAAGCUCAAUUUGCAAGGCGGGGACAAGAUUGUUAUUCAUUUAGAGGGUUAUUAUUCUUGUACGGUGAAGAAAAUUGGGGUAAAUCUUGUAUGGGACAAACCUUUGAAGGAAAACAAGCAUUUUGGUAGGGGUGAUUAUUAUUACUAUGAAUAUGAAUCUGAAGCAGUUCCGGAUUGGUUGUAUGAUGAGUCAAGUCCAGUACCAGUUACUGACCAUGGAUGCAAACGUAGAAAUCGGGACUAUAAUCUCACUUGGAACCCUUUCUAUCAACUCCUCUGCUUCGUCUGACAGUCUGGCACGGCCAAGAAGGUCGAUCAGGCAACCAUAGUGUUCGAACCUCGCUCGAUCCCAUAUACCUUUCUCUUGGAGUUGAAGAACAAGAACUCACAACCCUCAUUUGCCAACCCUCCGUGAAUGCAGUCAUAAGACAACAAUGAAGGUGAAAUCAUCAGGCUUCAUGCCAAUCUGUACCAUUUUCGUGAACAACUCGAUUCCUUUGCUUGUCUUGCCAUUCCUUGCAAGCCCAUAAAUGACUGGAGUCGAAAGAUUUGUCUAUGCUCCAACGUUUUGCAUACAUUUCUGUAACCGCGGUACCAACAACAACUGCAUCAAUUUUUAAUUCUGUUAUAUUCGGUGUACCCGUGAAUCCA